GUUCUGCUCCGCUCACGGCGCGGGCACAAGCGCAAGCGCAAUGAGAUGAAUGGCCGCAGCACCUGACGGCCCACCAGGAAGUGUGGCGGACAAAUCCUCGGCCGUUAAUCCCCGCUCGGUUAGGUACCCGGAGUAGCCUCCGACAAGUAGAAUGCUCAGCGGGUCGGAGCGUUCUGUCUGACCGUCGGGACCGUCUCCGCUCCGGGUUCGGCCUCCGGGAUCACGCGGGGCUGGUCGUCUCCUCCUCGCCCCCCACCCCCCCGCCUGUCGGGCUCCAGACCCCGCUGCUGCUGAGCUGAAGCUCUGUGAAGCUCCGUGAAGCUCCGGGCACCUCCACCCUGACUGCAAUGGGAUGCUGCGGUAGCACGGAGAGGACAAAGAGAGAAUGGAGACCGCUGGAGGACCGGAGCUGCACAGACCUGCCCUGGUUUCUGCUCUUCACCGUCUUCUGCGUCGGCAUGGGCAGCAUCUGCGGGUUCACCAUCGCCACCGGCGGCGCCGCUCGCCUCGUCUUCGGAUAUGACAGCUAUGGCAACACCUGCGGCCAACGAAAUGAACAGAUUGAAGGCGUCAGGCUGAGUGGCCUCGACCACACUGACAGGAAGUUUGUUUUCUUCCUGGAUCCCUGUAACAUCGACAUUGUUCAAAGGAAAAUCAAGUCGAUGGCUCUUUGUGUGUCUCUGUGUCCCACAGAGGAGCUGAAGACCUACCAGGACCUGAAGAGGUUCGCUAUGGUCAAUGGUUCUGAGCUGUGCUCCUAUGAGUUAGCAGCUCAUAGAUAUCCUGUUCUCGAACAGAGGACCACUAAAUGCCCCAAACUACCUGUUCCACCAAGUAAACCGCUGCCCGUGUUUAAUCGCUGCACUCCGGUGGACAUCUCCUGCUACGCAAGGUUUGCUGAGGCUGUGGUGACGUUUGUCGGGGAUAACAGUGUUCUGCACCGACUGAUCGCUGGCGUCGCUGCCAGUAAAGAGAUCAUCAUCGGACUUUGUGUCCUCGCACUGUUCCUCUCCAUGAUCCUCAUGGUGAUCAUUCGUUACAUCUCUGCUGUCCUCGUCUGGAUCCUCACCUCACUGGUUGUCCUUGGAUCCCUUGCGGGGACUAGUGUGCUCUGGUGGCUCUACAUUGACUACCGGCUAUACGGGAACGACACUUCCUCUAAAGUACUGAAGGAAGCGAAGGAGGAGGUGGAGGUCACCAGAGAUAGCGGACAGGCACUGCUUGUCUAUGCCGUUGCUGCCACUGUAUUCACUAUCAUCCUCCUGCUGCUGAUGCUCUUCAUGAGGAAACGAGUAGCUCUGACCAUCGCUCUGUUCCACGUGGCAGGAAAAGUCUUCAUCCACCUCCCCCUCCUCACCCUGCAGCCCUUUGUCACCUUCUUUGCCCUCCUGCUCUUUUGGAUCUACUGGAUCCUGGUCCUUCUCUUCUUGGGAACCACCGGUAACCCCGUACAGAACGAGGAGACGGGGCUGACGGAGUUCAGACUGACCGGUCCUCUUCAGUACUUGACCUGGUACCAUGCUGUGGGCCUGGUCUGGAUCAGUGAGUUCAUCCUGGCCUGUCAGCAGAUGACUGUGGCCGGCGCUGUGGUCACGUACUAUUUCACAAGGGACAAGAACCGACUCCCAGUGACUCCAAUCCUGUCCUCAGUCCUGAGGCUGGUCCGGUACCACCUGGGCACAGUUGCUAAAGGAUCCUUCAUCAUCACACUGGUCAAGAUCCCACGACUCAUCCUCAUGUACAUCCAUAAUCAGCUCAAAGGAAAGGAGAAUGCGUGCGCUCGCUGUAUGCUGAAAACUUGUAUCUGUUGUCUGUGGUGUUUGGAGAAGUGCCUCAACUAUCUCAAUCAGAAUGCAUAUGCAGCCACAGCCAUCAACAGCACCAGUUUCUGCACGUCUGCACGUGACGCCUUCGUGAUCCUGGUAGAAAACGCGCUGCGAGUCGCCACAAUAAACGCCAUUGGAGACUUUGUGCUCUUCCUGGGGAAGAUCCUGAUUGUGACGACAACGGCGUUCGCUGGAGUCCUCCUCCUGAACUACCAGCGGGAUUACGCAGAGUGGCUGCUGCCGCUCAUCAUCGUGUGUCUUUUCUCCUUCCUGGUGGCCCACUGCUUCCUGUCCAUCUUUGAGAUUGUGGUGGACGUCCUCUUCCUCUGCUUCGCCAUUGAUACAAAGUACAACGAUGGCACUCCAGGGAAGGAGUUCUUCAUGGACAAAGCUCUGAUGGAGUUUGUGGAGAGCAGCCGGCGGUUGGAGCGUGCUGUGGAACGUGGGCGGAGUCGGGUGAAGGAAGUGGCAUCAGAAGGGGCGGAGAUCAAGCCCAUGGUGAGUGACAAUGACACCAGAGGGGGCGUGGUCAGGCAGAAGAACUCGUUGGAGGAGGCAUCGGUGGGUCCAGACUGGGGUGGUGACGGGGAGUGGGAGGAGCAUCAGGAAUUCCAGGUGUACUACCUGUUGGUGGGGGUGCUGGUGGACUGGAUGCUGAUGGAGCAGAGCGACUUUGUCCUCUGUCUCAGCGAGGACGUCGUCCUCUUCCUCUGUGUCUACCUGCCCACCUCCACUCUCUUCCUGUUUGUCAGCCUGCUGAACACGCCAAACCCCGCCCCCUCUGCCCAUUCACAUGUUAAAUCAGCCGCCGUAAACACUGUGUGCUAACCUAUACAUGCUAACUGAUGCAUGUGGUGACUCAAGCAUGCUGACUGGAUGGCCCACUGACGCAUGCUAGCCAAACCCAUUUACACCGCCGCCAUCAUCACCAUCAUCAUCAUGCUGGCUGCUUCCUCAGAGACUAAACUCCUACUGACUUUUUGUUUGUAAUCUAUUUAUUUUUUACUUUUGUAAUUUUUAUAUUUGAAAUAUAUUUUUUUUAUAAAUGUGUUGAUGUUUUGUUGCUGUUUGAGUGAACUUCUGUUCAGCCUUAUUUUCUCACUGUGGUGCUUUAAACGAGAAGAAGGACUCAGCAGAUGGUAAGCUGCAGCUUCAGGUUCAUGGUUCAGUCUCAGGCUCCCUGUAUGCUUCUGUGAUUCUGGUCCUGUCAUCACAUUUUUAGAUAUACUACCCUAUGAUUGGAGAUAAAUUCUUUAAACUGAGAUGUUUACUCUGCUCUUUCCUGCUGAUGAGAAUGAUCGAAUAACCAAUAAAAUUGGAACAGAUAUAAGACAGGUUAGUUAAUUUUUAAAAUAUGAAUCAAAAAUGUUUACAGAGUUCAGUUUAUGGACCAUAGAUUUAAAAACAAUCUAUUUUUCAGGAGCUGAUUGAGGUUAACUAAAGGUGGUUUUUAGAAAGAUGCUUUCUUCUGGGUCCUAGCUUCCUAUUUGGUUUCAUAGAAUGAUAUUUCAUCACUUGAACUCAUGUCCCUCAUAGUUCGAGCAGCUUAGGAAGAGCUAGGUCUGACUCAGAAAUGAAUUCUAAAGGGUUCAUUAUUUUCCCCACCAGAUGUUUGCUCCUGGUAGAGUGAGACGAAUUAAAAACCAGAAACCAG